GCUCUGAACUCAUAUAACGAAUCGUCCAACGAGUCCGCUGUCUGCUGGACGACUCCAUUCCGCUCUUGUCCUAUCCUCUCUCUCUCUCUCUCUCUCUCUCUCUCUCUCUCGUGCGCGCGCUCUGUUGUACGAGUGUGCAGACGCAUUUCUGCGGAUUCUCAAACCACAAAUAAAAUUCACAUAAUCUUCAAGAAUCACUUCAGUUUUUGUUCUUCAUCUCUGUUUCCUUUGAUCCGAAUCAGAGAUUUGAUUCACGAAGCUUUGAUUGAUGGCUCUGAAUGUGCCGGCUCCAGCGGAAAUCAAGGCCAUCUCCUUUUUCGACUCCACCAAGUCUAUUCGGCUUCCCAAGCUCCGAGGAGGAUUUGCUUUGAGGAGGAAGGAUUUCGGAAUAGCAUUGGGGAGAAGAGUUUAUUGUUCAGCGCAACCUCCUCCUCCAGCCUGGCCAGGACGAGCUGUUCCAGAGCCAGGCCGUAAGUCUUGGGAUGGCCCAAAGCCUAUUUCUGUUGUUGGAUCUACUGGCUCCAUUGGAACUCAGACACUGGACAUAGUUGCGGAGAAUCCAGAAAAAUUUAGAGUUGUGGCCCUUGCAGCUGGUUCUAAUGUGACUCUGCUUGCAGAUCAGGUGAAAACAUUCAAACCUCAACUAGUGGCUGUUAGGAAUGAAGCACUAGUUGAUGAACUGAAAGAAGCUUUGGCUGAUGUUGAACACAAGGUGGAGAUUAUACCUGGAGAGCAAGGAGUCAUUGAGGUUGCCCGCCACCCGGAUGCAGUCACUGUGGUUACUGGAAUUGUAGGUUGUGCCGGUUUAAAGCCAACAGUGGCUGCAAUAGAAGCGAGGAAAGACAUAGCUUUGGCCAAUAAAGAAACUCUGAUUGCUGGGGGUCCUUUUGUUCUCCCUCUUGCUCAGAGGCAUAACGUAAAAAUUCUUCCUGCUGAUUCAGAACAUUCUGCCAUAUUCCAGUGUAUUCAGGGCUUGCCAGAGGGAGCUCUUCGACGCAUUCUUUUAACUGCAUCAGGUGGUGCUUUCAGGGAUUGGCCUGUCGAUAAAUUGAAAGAGGCUAAAGUUUCUGACGCAUUGAAGCACCCUAACUGGAAUAUGGGGAAAAAGAUUACUGUUGACUCCGCUACUCUUUUCAACAAGGGUUUAGAAGUUAUAGAAGCUCAUUAUCUGUUUGGAGCUGAAUAUGAUAACAUUGAGAUAGUGAUUCAUCCACAAUCUAUCAUACAUUCAAUGGUCGAAACUCAGGACUCAUCUGUCCUUGCACAGUUGGGCUGGCCUGAUAUGCGCUUGCCAAUCCUCUACACAUUGUCAUGGCCAGAUAGAAUCUACUGUUCAGAGAUAACUUGGCCCCGUCUUGAUCUUUGCAAGCUUGGAUCGCUAACAUUUAAAACUCCUGACACUGUAAAGUACCCAUCCAUGGAUCUGGCCUAUGCAGCUGGAUGGGCUGGUGGCACAAUGACUGGAGUUCUUAGUGCAGCUAAUGAAAAAGCAGUGGAGAUGUUCAUUGAUGAAAAGAUUGGCUAUCUGGAUAUAUUCAAGGUCGUGGAGCUAACGUGUGAUAAGCACCAGGCAGAAUUGGUGCACUCACCCUCCCUUGAAGAAAUUGUACACUAUGACUUGUGGGCACGGGAAUAUGCUGCUAGCUUGCAACUCUCUUCUGGCCUAAGCCCUGUUCCUGUAUGAGGUGGCAGCUUUCAAUUGUUGGCCUGGGGUAACAAUUCAUUUUGCAACUGAAAGAGAAAUGGGAAAAGAAAAGGGGGAUAAAACAAGAAUGCGAAAGUGAUGCAUAAUGCAGUGGGAAAGCAUUGCAUUUGAUUCUCCCCUUUCUAAUGUAAACUCCUGUACGAGCCAGCCUUUUAGCUUACUAUGCAGAAUUUAUAGAUUAAAUUGAUAAUUAAACUAUCUUUAUGAUGUUUACAGAAGUAUAAGAUGUUCUCUCUGCAGCAAAUGGUGAAUAUGAUGGGGCCGGUAAGUGGGAUCCUUUCCAUAGCAUUUGCUGCAUAUGGGAGUCUAACUAGUGAAAUCUCCUUGGGCUCUAAA